GGGAGCAGUUGGAGGAAAGGGAAGAUCCUGGGUUCUCAGCAGGACUGGGCAGGAUGGGGGCUCUGGGACUGGGAGGACCUGCCCAGAGUGGGCUGCCUGGAAGCAGGAGCCAGUGGAGCUGAGAUCUAGCUGCUUUUCUUUGGAGCUGUGACUUCACUGCCUGCUUCCCUCGGAGCUGAGAUCUGCGUUCCUACCCAGAAGCCAGCUCUGUGCCUGCAGUUCCAGCCCAGCCUGCUGCCCAGGAAGAGGAAGGAAGGACCUCUGCCCCCCUGGAAUCCUUCAGCCUCCCCAGCUCAGCCUGCAGAGGACCAAGGCCUGGCCCUGCAGGGAGCCUGGAGCCAGAGAUAAUGGCCCCUGGGAGCUGCAGACCCCCAGCCCAGGAGUUGGUGACAUUCCAGGAUGUGGCUGUGGACUUCACCCCAGAGGAGUGGGGCCUCUUGGACCAUCCUCAGAAGCAGUUGUACAAGGAGGUCAUGCUGGAGAACACCCAGAACCUGCUCUCUCUGGGACUUCCAGUUCCCAGAGAAGGUUUGAUCUCCUAUUUUGGACAAGAGGAGACACCAUGGACGCUGGAGCAAGAAGACCCCAGAACCUCCUGUCCAGAUGGAGAGACCCGGCUUGAAGUCAGGGAGAUUGCUUCAGAGCCGAGCAUUUCUGUGAAAGAAUCACAACAGCCAAGAUUCAUGAAUGAUGGCCACUGUGACUUCCAUUUGAGAGAAAUCUGUGAAUCUAAUGUCAAGAUUCAGAAAAAACAGAGUCUCCAUGAAUUUGAUAAAGAUGGAAAGAGUUUCAGGCAAUGUUCAGUCCUAAUUCCCUGUAAGAAAAAGAUCUCAGGGAAUGGCUGUUCACAAGAUCAUAAAUAUAGAGAAAGCUUUACUGGACGAGUAGGCCUUGUUGAGUCUCAUGGGAAGCCUCUGGAAGUACAAACCCAUCAAUGUAAUGAAUGUGAGAUGACCUUCAGCUUGAAUUCAGAGCUAAUUAGACAUCAGAAAAGUCAUCCCAGAGAAAUGCUUUAUACAUGUAAUGAAGGUAAGAAGGCCUUCACUCAUAAUUCGAAGCUCAUUGACCACCAGAAAAUUCGAAGUGGAGAGAAACUUUAUGGAUGUAGUGAAUGUGGUAAAUCCUUUAAGCAACAGUUAUCGCUUAUUCACCAUCAAAAAUUUCAUACUAGUGAAAAGCUACAUAAAUGCGGGCAAUGUGGACAGGCCUUCAGGCGACAUUCAUCCCUUACUUCCCAUCAGAGAAUUCAUACUAGGAAGAAAUCACAUGACUGUCACGAAUGUGGUAAAACUUUCAGUGGAAACUCCUCUUGUAUUGUACAUCAGAGAAGCCAUACUGGAGAGAAACCUUAUCCUUGUAAUCAGUGUGGAAAGACUUUCAGACAGAAGUCCAGUCUUACUGAACAUAAGAGAAUCCACACUGGAGAGAAACCUUAUACUUGCCAUCAAUGUGGAAAGUCUUUUAGGUGCAGUUCUAGUCUUGUUCAACAUCAGAGAAUCCACACUGGAGAGAAACCUUAUGGAUGUAAUCAAUGUGGAAAGACUUUCAGAUACAACUCUAAACUUGCUCUACAUCAGAGAAUCCACACUGGAGAGAAACCUUAUUACUGUAGUCAGUGUGGAAAGAGUUUCAGGCAGAGCUCCAAUCUUGCUGAACAUCAGAGAAUCCACACUGGGGAGAAACCUUAUGAAUGUGAUCAAUGCGAAAAGACUUUCACACAGAGUUCUAGUCUUUCCUUGCAUCAGAGAAUCCACACUGGAGAGAAACCUUACAAAUGUAAUCAGUGUGGGAAAAGUUUCACAAACACAUCCAAUCUUGCUGAACAUCAGAGAAUCCAUACUGGAGAGAGACCUUAUGAAUGUAAUCAGUGUGGGAAAAGUUUCAGGCAGAGCUCCAGCCUUGUUGAACAUCAGAGAAUCCACACUGGAGAGAAACCUUAUUACUGUAGUCAGUGUGGAAAGAGUUUCAGGCAGAGCUCCAAUCUUGCUGAACAUCAGAGAAUCCACACUGGGGAGAAACCUUAUGAAUGUGAUCAAUGCGAAAAGACUUUCACACAGAGUUCUAGUCUUUCCUUGCAUCAGAGAAUCCACACUGGAGAGAAACCUUACAAAUGUAAUCAGUGUGGGAAAAGUUUCACAAACACAUCCAAUCUUGCUGAACAUCAGAGAAUCCAUACUGGAGAGAGACCUUAUGAAUGUAAUCAGUGUGGGAAAAGUUUCAGGCAGAGCUCCAGCCUUGUUGAACAUCAGAGAAUCCAUACUGGAGAAAAACCUUAUGAAUGUAAUCAGUGUGGAAAGAGUUUCAGACAGAGCUCCAAUCUUGCUGAACAUAAGAGAAUUCACACUGGAGAAAAACCUUCUGAAUGUAGUCAAUGUGGAAAGGCUUUCAGAUUCAAUUCCAAACUUGUUCUCCAUCAAAGAAUCCACACGGGAGAGAAACCUCAUGAGUGUCAUGAAUGUGGCAAAGCUUUUAGGGAGCGUUCAUCUCUUAUUGUACAUCAGACAAUCCACACUGGAGAGAAACCUCAUGAAUGUAAUCAGUGUGGUAAAACCUUCCGGCAACAGUCAUCCCUUAUUUCCCAUAGAAAAAUUCAUAAUAGAUAGAAAUUUUAUUACUGUCAUGAAUGAGAGGAAUCAUUGAAAUGGAAUAUAGAGCUUGUUAGAUAUCAGAAGAUUCAUUCUGAGGUCAAACUUAAUUUGGACUCAGUGUGGGAAGACCCACAGAAGUCAGAGAUCAUCUCUUACUUUAUGUCAGAGGAUUCAUAGUGGAGAGAAACCUUAUGCAUGAGUUCAAAUGGGACAUAGCUUUUGAUGGAAGAAGGAGGUCCCUAGACAUCAGAAUAUUCACCCUGAAAGAAGGGUCGUAAAAGCAAUGAUUGUGGGAAAGCCUUGGAGGGGAGCUCAUGCUGGAUUGUAUAUUGGAGCAAUUAUGCUAGAGAUAAAACUUUUGAAUCUAACAAGGGGAAACUUUUUGCUUCAGCAAAAACUUAGACAUCCCGGAUUUCAUAAAUAUUUGCUAAUUACAAAUUUGAUAAACCUAAAUGCACAGAUAAAGCCCUUUAAAUGUAAUGAUUUUUUCCCAGAAAUAAUUUUGUUUUUUCAGUUCUUCAUAGUAUCCAAUAACAUUAAUACCCCAUAACAGUUAUGGCAUAACCCCAUCAACCCUUCCCCAGUUGCUUAAUACUCACUUAUUUCGUGUUUCUUGUUGACAUGAAAAAUUCUGGUAUAAAUAUUUUGGUGACUGUUAGACAUUUAUUUAUGCAAUGAUUUCUUCAGUAUGUGGCACAGUGUAUAGAGUGCUGCCUCUGGAACCAAAAGGCCUCAGUUCAAAUUCAGUCUCUGACACUUCCUAGUUGUGUGACCCAGGGCAAAUCACUUAAACUUUCACUGCCUCAGUUUACCCCAUCUGUUGUAGGAUGUGUAUACUAAUAACACCUAUCUCUGAGAUUGAUGUGAGGAUUAAAUUUGGUAAUAUCUGUAAAUUGCCAUGCAAGCAUUAAAUCACUAUUCUUAUCAUUCUUUGGGUCAUGAGUCUCAUAGUCAAAUCUUUGGCCAAAAGAUUUGGACAAUUUAGUCACUUUUUUAAUAGUUGAAAUUGCUAUGCAAAAUAGUGCAGAGUAAGACAGUAUGUUGUAAUUAUAGCGCACUGGGUUUAGAAUCAGGAAGACUUGGAAAGGAUUCUGGGAAGAUGGCCAAGUAGGUCAGAAAAUUCCAGGCUCUCAAGAUUUUCCCCCACAAAAGAGUUAAAAUAGCACCUUAGGGUGAACACAGUGUGGGUGGGGAAAAAGAAAAAUAGGAGCACAACCGUGGUCUUCCUCAGACAGUUUGAGAAGAUCUAAAGAAAAACCCCCGGACCAGGUUUGGUCCCUUUGAGGAGUAAACACCUCCAGGCUAGGUUCCGUUUUAACAACAAGUGGCAAGCCGCUGAAAUAACUAGCAGCAAGUCCCAGGGUUAGUUGGGUGAGAGGCUGCCUCAGCCCCAGCCUCUGGAACUUUUCACCACAGGAUAGUAAGGGAAGUUGUGCGUUUGAGCCCAGGAAGAUUGCAUGAACCUCUCCUGAUGAGGAACACCAGAACCAGCUAUGCUCUGAAGAGCAGCGGAGGCAAGAAGGAACAAGCACAGGCCCAGUGAGCACAUAAGCAGUGGGACAGAAAGCCCCUGGCUAUGGGCACUUACAGGAGGUGGGAGGUUUGGCUUUGGUUCCAGGAUAGAGGAGAGAACUGAAGAUCUGGGGCAAGAGGCACCAUUUCCCAUACGCCAGGGCUAGAGGUGAUUACAAAAAUCAAGUUAUUACCCCCCCACCACACACACACACAAAUGCGCAGGCAAAGGAGAAAGAAUCCAACCAUAGAGACCUAUUACAGGAAUAGAGAUGACUGGGGUUCAUCUUCAGAGGAGGAUAUGGAAGUAAAGAAACCCCCAAAGAGCAACAUCAAAUGGUCACUUGCCCAAAAAGAAUUUAUAGAAGAUCUUAAAAAAGACUUUAAAAAUCAAAUGACAGAGAUGGAGG